GAAAGAAAAGAAGGGAGUGACAGAGGCCGGGGGAAGAGGGGAGCUCAUUCAGCCUACGAGAGCAAGGAGGAGUGAAGCGGUUAGUCUGGAACUUGCUGCCUGUGGGAAAGUAAACAACAGUAUUUGCCGCCCUCUCAGAGGCAAUAGCUACAGACCGACAGCAGCGGAUAAACAGAGGAUGAGGAUGUGUUCAAGGAGCCAGCUGAUUUCAUAGCAGGAAGUGCAUGGGAGGUUGUUGGGAUUAAAGUCCCUCUUGGGAGGUGCUGAAGCUUUCCUGUGGAAGUACUACUGAGGACAAAAAGAGCCUAUGUCCAAAAGUUCAUCUCAUCAGCAGCUGGAGGAGGAUGUGGAGGAAGAUGAGCAAAGAGAGAAAUUCAAAUUUGAAGAUGAGUUUGACAAACAAAAAGGCAAGACUGUAUUUGGAGAUGAGACAUCAGGCAAAUGUAGUGAGCCUAAGACACAGUCAAGCAAAUUGGAAGAGACUCAGGAAAAACACACAGAUCAUCCCUCUCAAGCCAUCACUACAGUUACAGCUGCUGGUCAGGAGUGUACCAGUACUUAUAGCACUAAUUUGUCAGCCACCAACAAAGGAGAUCAAACUUUCACAGACUCUGCUGCACCAGAAGAAUUAAAUGAAGAGGAAGACCAGACUUGCACUGUGGUGAAGACCGAGAGGGAAACAUGCUCUAUUAAAACUAAUACAGAAACAGAAAAUAUCAGACAUAGCCCAGCACAAAAUGUCGAAGGUGGGGCCUCUGCCGAGUCUGAACACCAGACGGCUGAUCCGGAGGUGAUCUAUGAUGAUGUGCCCUGCGAAGAUGUGUCUUCAGGAGAAGCAUGUCGUUGUCAGAAGACCUACAGUAUUUACAGGACUGUACUGAAACCUGCAUUGCUCUGUGUGUCAGCUGACUUGAUCUAUGAGGACGUUCAGAAAGAGGAGGGCUUGCAGGGGCCCAAAAAUGGCUGGAGCUCAAGUGAGUUUGAAAGCUAUGAUGAGCAGUCCGACUCUGAGAGGGCGCCAACCCGCAGCAAGCUCUCCCCCGAUGUGCGACGACUGAGAGAACGUUACACCAGGACCAAACAGGAGCUAGCCUUGAGACUGGGGGGCAGACAUCAGGUCCAUCAGCUGAUGCGGGCGGCACGUAGUGGAACGAAAGAUGGCCUGGAGAAGACCAAAAUCGCUGUGAUGAGGAGAGUUUCAUUCCUACAUAAAAAGGACCACUCAGAUGACACUGAGGAUGAUACAGGAUAUCUGGAUGUGAUGGUAUCAGAGGCAAAACACCCACCUGCACAACUGGGACCAAUGCCAGAUGGGCUUAGCAGCCAACAGAUUGUCCGACGCCAUAUUUUGGGCUCCAUUGUGCAGAGUGAGAGGAGUUACCUGGACUCUCUUAAACGGAUACUACAAGAAUACCAGCGACCUCUGAUGGAGGCAGAGCCUCGGAUCCUCAGUGUCAGGAAAAUCCGUCCCAUUUUUUUCCGUCUGUGGGAGAUCAUGCAGUGCCACUCCAUGUUCCAGAUUGCCCUGGCAUCUCGGGUGGCUGAAUGGGACUCUUGUGAAAAGAUUGGUGACCUGUUUGUAGCUUCAUUCUCGAAGUCAAUGGUGUUGGACGUAUAUAGUGAUUAUGUCAAUAACUUCACCAAUGCCAUGGCCCUCAUUAAGAAAGCCUGCAUGUCUAAACCAGCAUUUCUGGAGUUCCUCAAGAAGAAGCAGGCAUCCAGCAUUGACCGCAUAACCCUCUACGGUCUGAUGGUGAAGCCUAUUCAGCGUUUUCCUCAAUUCAUACUCCUCCUGCAGGACAUGCUGAAGAACACUCCCACUGGCCAUGUGGACAGGUUGCCCUUACAAUUGGCUCUGACUGAAUUGGAGACCCUUGCUGAGAAACUCAAUGAGCAGAAAAGGGUGGCUGAUCAGAUCACUGAGACGCAGCAGCUGGCUCGCUGUGUCAGUGACCGCUCUCUCAGCAAGCUGCUGAACUCUGAACAGAGCUCUUUGAUCCUUUGCGAGACGCUGAUUGAGACGGUGUACGGCGAAAGAGGACAAGUCCUCAAGUCUAAGGAGCGAAAAGUCUUUCUCUUCGGUGACAUGCUCAUCUGUGCCAACAUCAACGUCAAGGGGCCCCCUGACAUUAGCAGUCUGGUUCCAGUAGGUCCCAAGUACACUCUGAAAUGGAGUGCCCCCUUGCAGCAGGUUCAGGUGGUUGAAGUGGGUCAAGAGGGCUCCCAAACCAAGGACACUCUUUAUCAGCUUGGAGGCGUCAAGCGUUCAGGCGGCUCUUCGGGAUCAGGAAGUAUCAUUCUGGGUCCGCCCCGUCUGUAUCAGGAACUGCAGGAGUUGCAGCACGACCUCUCAGUGGUAGAGCAGGUCACUCUGCUUGUGGGGACUUUACAGGGAACGUACCAGAAUCUGAACACCACGGUAGCACAGGACUGGUGUUUGGCGCUGCAAAGGCUGAUCCGCAUCAAAGAGGACCAAAUUCAGAGUGCCAACAAGUGCCGUUUACGAUUGCAGGUCCCUGGCAGACCAGACAAAUCUGGGCGUCCUGUAAGCUUCACUGUGGUCUUCAACACACCAAGCCCUGUCAGCAAGAUCUCCUGGGUCAACCGGUUCCACCUAGCGAAGAUAGCACUGAGAGACGAAAACACACCGGGUUGGUUCUCUGCAGAGGUUGAUGGGAAGACAAAAGCUCCAUUUUGGUGUCCACUUCUGGCCUGUCGCAUGCCUGUUUUCAGCUCCAAAGCCCAGGAAUGGAAGCUGGAGGCUGCUCUUCAUAAUCCUGUUCAGUGUGCUUUACUCGGUUUCUCAGCGGCGAGCACUUCACUUCCUCAGGGCUACCUUUGGGUAGCCAGUGGAGGUGAUUCCUCUCAAGGCCAUGUGGACAUUUUCUCCUUGAACAGACCCACACCUCGGCCUGUAAAAUCCCUUCAGAUGAGUGCUCGAGUGAUGUGUCUGGAGUAUGUGCCUGAGCCCACCCCUUCAGAGGAUGCUGAAUCCGGCCCUCACAACUCCACUGGAGUUGGAAAUACUAUCUGUGUAGGACUUGAUGAUGGCAGCAUCUUGUUCUAUGGCAGUAUGGACACGACCGCCCAGUGUCUUGUAACCCUCCGUAACCCUGAGGGCUGUCCAAUUCUGUGUCUCAAACAUUCCGGUAACUUCCUGUUCGCUGGCCUGCGGGAUGGAACCCUGAUGGUUUACGGGAGACAUCACGGAGGGGAACUGUGGAGCCAAGACUCCUGUAGAAAAGUAACAGUUGGUUCAGAUCCCAUCAGGACGCUACUUGCCUUGGAGGACUCGGUCUGGGCUAGCUGUGCUAACACAGUAACUGUAGUUGAUGGCUCCAGUCUGUCCACUCAGAGAUUUGAGGUCCAUCAGGACCCGAUGGUGAGCGUGGCCCACAUGGUGCGAGCCGGAGGGGGCGUAUGGAUGGCCUUUUCAGAAGGUUCCUCUAUACGCUUGUUCCAUACAGAAACGCUGGAACACCUGCAGGAGAUCAACAUUUCCACACCCUCGUCGUUUUACCACCCCAGUCAAAAGAGCAUGAGAGUUACCAGCCUGCUGGUUUGCCAGGGGCUGCUAUGGGUGGGAACUGCCCAGGGCAUUAUCAUCACCCUGCCUGUGCCCAAGCUGGAGGGCAUCCCCAAAAUUACAGGUAAGGGGAUGACGUCCCUUAAUGCACACUGUGGGCCUGUGGAUUUCUUAGUUGCCUUUUCCAGCACUUUGUCUCCUGAACUUCUGAAGCGGGAUUCUAUGGUGGAAGGGCAUGAUUCAGCCUGUGGAGUGGAGGACAGGAGUGACUCGUCCUCUCAGGAAUCUCUCCAGCAGCCCAGUAUUUCUGCCCAUGUGGAUGGCAAAGGGAAGGGGCGGGGUGUGUUGCUCCAGUACCGCCUCCGCUCAACCUCAGGGUUGCCUGGGCGACCGUUAACCGCACGAGGGGACGAAGCAUCAGACUCGUCUUUAGAAUCUUUGGAACACAGCAUGGAAGAUGGCUCUAUUUAUGAACUCAGCGACGAUCCAGACAUGUGGGUCAGGGGUCGGCCCUGCGAGAGGGAAGGGGUGAGGAGGGACAGGGUUACCUCGGCUGCAGUUAUCUCAGGUGGGAAGGGCUUCCGUCGACUGAAGGAGGGUUCGAUGGCGGCCACCACAGAAAGCACACUUAUGAUCUGGCAGCUUCCUCUCACUGUUUGAGCUGGAAUUAUGUUGAAGGAAUAGUGAAAUUAAAAUUUUGUCAUCAUUUACUCACCCUCAUGUCAUUCUACACCUGGAUGAUUUAUUGUACUGGUGGUGAUGUACUGGUGACUCUUUUCAAUGCCAUUACAAUAAAUGAAACCAGGAGAUUUUAAAGGGUUAGUUAACCACAAAAAUGAAAUUUCUGUCAUUAAGUACUCACCCUCAUGUCGUCCCAAACCUGUAAGACCUUCGUUCAUCUUUGGAACACAAAUUGAGAUAUUUUUGAUGAAAUCCGAGGGUUUCUGAACUGCACAUUCAAUAGGCAGCAAUGUCAUUGCACCUUUUGAGGUCCAGAAAGAUAUUUAAGACAUUGUUAAAAUAGUCCAUGUGACUGCAGUGGUUCAAACUUAAUGUUAUGAAAUGACAAGAAUACAUUUUGCGUGCAAAAACAAAACAAAAAUAAUGUCUUAAUAAUGAGUCGGUGUUGUGACGUAGAACACGGAAGCGCUGCACUGCGUUCACUACGUCAACUGCAUAUGACAACAGUUCAAAUCAGUUUAACUGGAUCAUUAAGUCAGUGAGUUGACCUUGAGAACCGAUUCGUGAACAAAUCAUCCAGACCAAUUUUGUGAACUGGCUCAGCUGAUUCACUAAAAAAAAUCUGAUUCAGAAGAGUGACUUACAAAUCAAGAUUUUUGGUGAAGAAUGAUGUAAAUUUUAAUGUUUCUUCACACAAAGCUAUCGGCACUCUACGUUUUUUGAUGCUUUUUUGUCGUUUUUGGAGCCUGACAGCUCCAUUCCUCAUUCAUUUUUAUUAUACUGAAAAAUGGCAAUCGGAAUAUUCAGAAGGAACAAAGUAAUAUGAGUUUGGAACAACAUGAGAAUGAGUAAAUUACAGAAUUUCUUUAUUUUUGAUUAUGGGGUGAACUAUUCCUUUUCAUUGGGGAUGUGUGGUACAAAAUAUGUGAUGCUCGGGACUCUACUGUUCACUUUUCCAGAAAAAGAAUAUCUCCGAUUAUUAAUCCGCGUCCUCCUAUGAAAAAUAUCCCAUAACUCAAAGGCUCAUAGUGAUAAAUUCUCAGUUAGUUGUUCUUCUGUCACUCGUACUGUACCUGUACAGUACUUGGAAGGUGAUUCAGAAUGCUGAUCCAUGUAUUUAAUCUCAGACUACCAUAAUCAUCAUAGCCUAAACUAUUCAGACAGAACAUUUCCUUGAGGGCCUCAGUCUGGUCAACCUUUAGUGAAUCAUGUUCUUUGGAGUUUACCAGGCCACAGAGCUGCUGAGGUUUUUUUUUUUUUUUUUUUUUGUAUUCCCCUGCGUGUGAAGAAAUCAUAUCAGUGGAAAAUGAGAAGCAAAGUGAAAGAGGUUUCCAUGCUUUUGUGCAGUCACUCAGAGAAUACUUUCACCCUUUGACUCUUGAUAAUAUGAACGCAUGAUUCUCAGUUGAAAGUCAAGCCUGGGCAGGUCAGUGCUGUGCGAGUGUUAAAAGCUUGUGAAAUGGAUUUCAAAACACUGGACAGCCUAAAUUUCUGUGAUGGUGAAUGGUAAAGCUUAAUUAAAAUUCUAUUUAGUGGACACCCCCCCCCCCCCCCCCCCCCCCCUCCUUAUAGACACAACCUGAAAACAUUUUCACCAUAUGGCAGUCAUUAUGAAACUUCUGCUUAAAUCACCAUUACUUAACAAGCAAGUUCAUUAGCAGCUGGUAGUAGAAAGAUACAAGCACCACUAAUUGCAGGAAAGUUGUGAAUCUUGUGAAGCUUUUGAUGUUUAUUUGAUCUUGUUGAAGGGCAUUCACUGCCGAUAUUUUGUGUAAUAUCGCAGUUCCAUCUGCAGGCUACAGUUUGUUCCCCUCAUUCUUUGUUCUUGUUUGAUCCACAUUUAACACAUUCAAUAGUCUUCCAUUGGGAAUUGUGCCAGAUGCACAUUAUAUUGUGUUUAAGGGAAUAGAUUGAAGUUGUUUUUGGUACAAACAAACAAGCAAAUAAAUAAUAAAUUCAUUCAUGUAUACAAUUCUAAAAAAAAAACUUGCGUUUAAACACCAGCUUAGCCAGGAUUGGUGGCCAUCUGAACCAGCGUAGACCAGCAAACCACUAUAGGUUGGUUUUAAGCUGUUUUGACGACAGCAAAUAAACUAUAUUAAACUAAAAUUCUUCAGCUACUGAGUAAUAUAGUUAAAUGGUUUAUUUUUCAACUCCUCACCACUUUGUCAUCAUGCAUUUUUCAUACCAUGCAACAUUAUGAAUGUACGAAAUGUAUAAUUUGUCCUGGUACUGCAAACUUUCUAAAAACUGUUAAAUUUCAAUUGUUUUUUAUUUGCAUUAUAAUGUAAAACAUUUAUGAAGGCCAUAAUAUCACAGUGAAUAUAAUAUCUGUAGCAUAACAAUAGUCAUUUGUUCUUUGGAUGUUACAUUUAAGUAAAUGUGUUAAAUUUAACAUGAAUAAUACAAAUUGUGCUUUGUCCAUCCAUAUGAAGUAACCACUUGAAGUUUCCGUUUGUGUCCCAAAUGCACUGAAUUUUUAGGAUUUUUAAAUACUAAUAAAUGUAGUCUCAUGUUUGUCAAUUCACUGUUACUGGAAUAAAAAUGUUAAAAUCGA